AUGGAUGUAAAUUUGGAAAGUGUUUUGGAUGGUCUCGUUAAUGUCUCGACUGGCUUCGUUCAUUCGGAUGAGCUCGUUGUAAGUUGGAAUAAACGAAACUUUUCAAAGACAAUGGAAACAUUAGCCGGAGUAUUUAGUGAUUGGGUGAAUGCUAACGAAUUUCAUUUUCAUUGUCAAGGAGAUGGUUCUGCAUCAACGUUUUGGGAUUUUAAAAUCUGGAACGAGUUAUUCCCAAACGAAUCGGAAGUCCCGCGUGAAACACAUGCCAACCUCAUUCACAAUAUCCAACCCGACGCAAAAAUUGUUGUAAUCUUUAGAAACCCAACCGACAGAUUGUACUCCGACUAUUACUACAUCAACCGUGGCCAAAACAUAUCACCGAUGAUGUUCCACAGAUGUUCCAUAGAAGCUAUAACAAUCUUUAACAACUGUCUGCAAAACCAUAAAUUGCGAACGUGUGCUUAUUCAAAAAAAAAAAACGUUUCUAUGAGGAAAAAAGAUGUAGGCCUAUCUUUAAAUGACGAUGAAAAAACGUUAAGUAAAUGUCCAAAUGUGAGGCUUAAUGUAGGAUUGUAUGACGUUUUCACGCAAGAUUGGCUAAAUGUAUUCCCACGUGAUCAACUAUUUUUUAUGACGACAGAAGAUUGGAACUCAAACUGUGUCGAAUAUCUUAAAAGAAUCUAUAUGUUUUUAGGAUUAGAUAUACAAUCAGAUGAUGAUCGUCGAAAGGUUUGUCAAAAUGAACAUGCGAAUACCGGCAAAAAGAAGCCACCAAUGCUGGACGAGUCUCGCGAACUUCUAGACGAGUUCUACCGCCCGCACAUGCGUAUAUUAUCAAACUUACUAAACCAUACAAAAUAUAGUUGGAAUUUAUGAAAAAUCAUGUAUUAAACCAUUUCUAUUAAAAAAAUGUUUUGAUAUAAAAAAUAAAAUACCUGUCUAGUUCAUUUAGACGAAAACAGCAAUGCACUUAUAAACACUUUUUUUCCCCUCAAAAAUACGAUUCGGAAAUUUAAUGCGUUUGGAUAUAAUCGUUGAUGUGUAUAAUAUUAAGGCUUUUGUAAUUUAUACCACCUUACAUUAAUCAGAUGAAACCUGUUCCAAAGUAUGCUAAAAGUCAUCGAUGGAAAUAUAAAAUAAAGCAUUAUUUAAAAAAAUACAAUUUUCAUGGUAGGCCUACACUGUAUUAUAGUAUAGUGAUUGUAUAUAUAUAAUAUAUAAUAGCUCUAUAAAUCUAUAUAUGCAUUAUAGACUAGCGAUUUAGUAUGUUUAUUUUAUUUAUUAAUAAAUAAAUAAAUAAAAUAACUAUACUUUAAUGCUAAAUGAUUUUGCUGAUUGGGCCACCUUAAAUAUGCUUGAAUAUAAAUACCAAGGAAAAACUUUCAAUAACGUUAACGUUGAAAAAAUAAAUCUAUCUGUUGGAUAAAA